AGCAGGAAAGAUGCGUUAAACGUAAACAGGUCUGCAACAGAAACAGAACAAUACAUAUAAAGGCGCGUACUUUAACCACUAGAAGUCUCCGAACGGCCAAUUUUUAAAAAGAUUUGUGUUCGAGCCAUUUUCAUGAAGCUCUUCUUGUCAAUUAAACGCCAUUGCAGCUCUCUUGCCUCCCUUAAUCAUAACACCUCUCAAAAUCCCCAAACUAAAGAAUUCAGAAUAAUCCAAUACUGUAAAUCAGGCGCUCUCUUUGAUGCGCUUCACAUUCUCAACUCUUUAGACUCUGCCAAACUCUGUAACAAGCCAUUUCUCUAUGCUUCUCUCUUGCAAACUUGUACUAAAGUUGUCUCUUUUAACCACGGCCUCCAAAUCCACGCCCAUUUAAUUAAAUCGGGUCUUGAAACCGAUAGAUUUAUUGGCAAUAGCUUACUUGCACUUUAUUUCAAGUUGGGUUCGAAUUUUUUUGAAACAAGAAGACUUUUUGAUGGACUUUAUUUUAGGGAUGUGAUUUCUUGGACUUCAAUGGUAACAGGUUAUAUUAAAGUAGGAAAACCGAAGAAUGCGAUUGAAUUGUUCUUGGAAAUGUUGGAUUUUGGGAUUGACCCAAAUGGGUUCACUUUAUCUGCUGCCAUUAAGGCAAGUUCUGAUCUCGGUAACUUGAGACUUGGUAAAUGCAUUCAUGGAGUGGUUAUAAGUCAAGGGUUUGACUCGAAUUAUGUUAUUAGUAGUGCUUUGAUUGAUAUGUAUGGAAGAAAUUAUGGGUUAGAGGAUGCAUGCCGCUUGUUCGAUGAUUUGCUUGAACCAGAUGCUAUUAGUUGGACAUCUGUUAUUUCCGCUUUUACGAGGAACGAUAUGUAUGAUAAAGCUUUGGGAUUCUUUUAUUUGAUGCAAAGGAAACUUGGAUUGGCACCAGAUGAGUUCACAUUUGGGACAGUGUUGACUGCUUGUGGGAAUUUACGUCGGUUGAAGCGAGGAAAGGAAGUACAUGCUAGGGUCAUUACAUCUGGAUUUAGUGGAAACGUGGUUGUUGAGAGUAGUCUUGUUGAUAUGUAUGGCAAAUGUGGGUUGGUUAUGGAAUCUCAACAUGUUUUUGAUAGAAUGAGUAUAAAGAAUUCAGUUUCUUGGUCUGCAUUGCUUGGGGGUUAUUGUCAAAAUGGGGACUUUGAAUCUGUGAUUAGGAUUUUUAGGGAAGUAGAAUCGCAUGAUCUCUAUAGUUUUGGAACUGUUCUUCGUGCAUGUUCUGGCUUAGCAGCGAUAAGGCAAGGGAAAGAAGUACACGGCCAGUAUGUGAGAAGGGGUGGUUGGAGAGAUGUUAUUGUAGAAUCAGCUUUAGUUGAUCUUUACGCAAAAUGUGGUUGUAUUGAUUUUGCACAUAGAAUUUUUUCAAAGAUGUCAGUUAGAAAUUUGAUAACUUGGAACUCUAUGAUUUAUGGAUUUGCCCAAAAUGGAAGAGGAGAAGAAGCUCUUCGAAUAUUUAAUGAGAUGCUUGGUGAAGGUAUUAAACCUGAUUAUAUUUCAUAUAUUGGAGUUCUUUUUGCUUGUAGUCAUACAGGUUUGGUUGAUCAAGGGCGGAAAUUUUUUAUGUCAAUGACCAAGGAAUAUGAAAUCAAACCUGGAAUUGAGCAUUACAAUUGCAUGGUUGAUCUUUUGGGUCGUGCUGGUUUACUAGAAGAAGCUGAAAACUUGAUUGAGAAUUCAGAUUGUAGAGAGGAUUCAUCUCUUUGGGCAGUUCUUCUUGGUGCUUGCACACCGUCCACAAACUCUGGUGCUGCAGAACACAUUGCAAAGAAACUUAUGAAAUUGGAUCCUGACUACCACUUGAGUUAUGUUUAUCUUGCUAACAUCUAUAGAGCAGUGGGCCGAUGGGAUGAUGCGGCAAAGAUUAGGAGAUUAAUGAAAAAAAGAGGGGUUAAGAAGAUGCCCGGAAAAAGUUGGAUUUAGACUAAUGGUAACUUGCAUUCUUGUCUAAACGUGAGAGAUUUGGCAUCUCUGGAUGAUUUUUCAGGGGAGAUGGGUUUACAUACAUUAUGGGAAGUUGGGAACCAACUUCAAGUAUGGAGACAAUCUUAAAUGCCUCUUUAAUGUAGCUUCUAUUAGUCUCUCUUAAGUCAUUUCAGACAUCCAGAAUGACCAAAGAAAUACAAUUUUCAACUCAGCUAUGAAAGCAGAACACAAGAUUUUCCUGCUGGUGAA